AUGGCUGCGCCUACAUCUGAUAUCAUCAACGCUACUUCCACCAAUCAGCUACACAAUAUUAACAUGUCAAAUGUUACAAAACUCAUUGCCUCCAACUUUCUCAUGUGGAGUCGACAGAUCCAUGCCUUGCUCGCCGGUUAUGGACUUACCGGUUUUUGUGAUGGCACCACGGUGGCUCCUGCCUCUAUUGUCCUUCAUGACGGUCAUACUAUCGAUAAUCCCGCAUAUGAUCUCUGGCAACGACAAGAUCAACUUAUUGUCGCUAGUCUUUUUGGUGCAAUCUCGGUUGAACUUCAACCUAUCCUCUCCAACUCUUCCACGACCACACAGAUCUGGACUCUCCUUUCCUCUACGUAUGCGAAACCAACAUGGGGACACAUCAAAAUGCUACGGGAACAGAUCAAGCAGUGGCGUAAAGGUACCAGAUCUAUUGAUGAAUACGUUCAAGGUUUUUUUCCUCGUUUUGAUCAGCUUGCUACAUUGGGCAAACCUUACGAGCAUGAAGAAAAGAUUGAGUAUUUACUUAGUGGUCUUCCGGAGGACUAUAAGCCGAUUGUUGACCAGAUUGAAGGCUGUGAUACUCCGCCUACCAUGUCGGCCAUACAUUAG